UCCUGUAAUGUUUGUGCAGGGUAACAAAGAUGGGCUAUGUCCCUUGGAAAAGCUGGAAGUUGUUCGCAGGAAGAUGACAGCAACAAGUGAGUUACAUGUGGUAGAUGGUGGUGACCAUUCGUUCAAGGUUUCAAAGAAGCACCUACAGACAAAGGGAUCUACACAAGAUGAAGCUGAAGACCUGGCUGUUCAGGCCAUUGCAUCAUUUGUUUUCAGGUCUCUUAAAGAAAGCUGAUUCCCUCCAUGAAUUCUAAUUUUGAAGAAGAGCUUUUGGGUUUAUGUAAAGGCCUCUAUCAUGUGUGUCUAAAUGCUCGUGUAGCGGCUGCUCUUCUUCUUGACUAAUUAUAAUUCCUUUCUUAUGUGAAGAUGACAAUCCAAGUCUUCUGAAAAGUUGGUAGUCAAGCUGUAUUAGAAAGUCGGGUUAAAAAAAAAAAAAUCUGUAUUAGAAAAUGUCAGUAAUGGGCUUCUAGGAAUAAGGCAAUCGUUAUUUGUAUGAUUAUUUUAGACUGUAUAAAAAAUUAUAAUGGCAUGGUGGUCUUUUGGCAAAAAUAAUACAGAAACGCUAGAUAUUGUUUUACUUCUAUGGAACCAUGAGAUUCACUCUUUUUUUGGUGAUAAUGAAAAUUGCUAUUUACCAUUCUUGUUUACUGAUAUAUUCCUAAUCUGCAGUCAAAUAGUAGUUGUGUUUUUGUCCUCUUUUUUCAUUUUCAUUGUAUGUGAUUUGUUAGCUGUAAUGGCCUUUAUACUGUGCUUAAUUUGACCAGAAAUAGAUGAGAAUAACAUUA